CCACCCCUUGACACGAUCCUUGGCCAAGGGGAUGAAGCUGCACGUCGAAGCUCUCCUCUCUUGUUCAAAUCUUCCAAUCAGGUUGUGCCAAUGGAUACAGACAUCUGCGGUCACGGAGACAUCAAAAGGAAAUCUUUACGAGCGCUGAUAAAAAAACCUUGAUCAUCCAUCGGGUGCCUAGGCUUGCGCAAUAACGCCUAGGAGUGACAUCUUCGCGUAUCUGGUUCGAGACUUAAAGCAGCUUUCUGGCUUUAAAACAGAUUGUGGCCAUGGACGAUAUUCCCCAAAAACGACGAGCAUUAUGUCCACCGUCCGAGACCGCCGAAGGUGGUACCACAUCAGAUGGUUUGCGGAUCAAGAUACCAAGGAGGAGCGACGUCUCAUUUUGAAGCUUGACGCCUUGAUCGUUCCUUAUGCCUUUCUAGCUUAUUGGGUCAAGUAUGUUGACCAGGCAAAUAUCAACAAUGCGUACGUCUCCGGGCUUCAAGAGGAUUUAAACCUACAUGGAAACGAGCUCGUUGAAUUGCAAACAAUGUACACAGUCGGUGCAGUUGUGGGCCAGUUACCCUUCGCAUAUCUCUUUACCAAAUUCCCUAUGUCAUGGGUAAUCCCAUUCCUGGAUAUAAUGUGGGGUGUCUUCACAUUGUUACAGUACCGCGUCAACUCCUUUGGGGAAUUGAUGGUUUACCGGUUCUUUGUCGGGUGGUUCGAGGCGGCAUUCUUUCCAGGCAUGCACUACAUAUUCGGAGCUUGGUAUCGUGGCGAUGAGAUUGCACGCCGGGGAGGAUGCUUCUACGUCGGGCUUACCCUAGGUACCCUCACGGCAAGCCUGAUUCAAGCGGGGACAUCUUCUAGGCUCGAUGGAGUUCAUGGACUAGCAGGCUGGCGAUGGAUGUACAUUGUCUGUGCCAUCAUCACCAUCCCAAUCGGGAUCCUAGGGUACUUUAUCCUUCCUGGGACCCCUGACAAACCGAACAAGCUAGUCAUCAACGACAAAGACAUUGAAUUAUCUAAAGUCCGCCUUUCGCGCGCAGGCCAUACAUUCCAGGGAAAGUGGUCGUUGCGGACUCUAGCCAAUGUCCUUCGGAACUGGAAAUUCUGGGCCUUGCUAUUACUAGAUGUUUUCUUCUGGAACGGCAGCAUAAACACUUCAACAGGCGGAUAUCUGUUAUGGUUAAAAAGCUUGAAUAGAUAUGCAACAAGCCGUCUGAAUGAACUCGGUGCCAUCUCCCCCGCUCUCGGAAUGUUCUAUACGCUCUUCAUCUGCUUUGCGUCUGAUCUCGUCCUUGGGCCCGCGUGGGCAAUUACUGUCGCUCAUAUAUGGAAUAUUAUCGGCCUGAUCAUUCUUGUCAUCUGGAAUGUACCGGAGUCUGCACUUUGGUUCGCCUUCAUAACAACAUAUUCUGCGGUGUCCAUGUCCAGUGUUCUUUAUGGUUGGGUGAACGAACAACUGCGAUAUUCGCCGGUCGAACGCUCCAUAACCCUGGUCAUUCUCAACACCAUUGCCCAGUCGACUACGGCCUGGACACCUCUGUUGGUAUUCAAAACUGUUGAAGGGCCACGCUUUACCAAGGGAUAUUCCUUUGUCCUUGCGAACGCAAUAUGCUUGAUUGCUUUGGCUCACAUCAUCAAAUACUUUAUCGCCCGCCAAGACAAACGGGAAGCGACAAGAAAUAUCGCAGAGAGCGACUCAGACGAAACUCAUGAUCCAGAAUCAAACGCGGUCGUGACAGCUGUCGAGCCGAGUAAGCCCGACUCGGGCUAAAGUGAAAUAUCGUGAUGCGCAAUAAUAACACGCUAGCAUGAAUCGUUUUAAAAAAAAAAAACGAGACCUGGAUAUCGGCCGAGUCAAGGCAUCUUUAGAACUCGAAAUAGAUUAUAUAGGCUUUCCAACAAGGUCAAUCAUCACGCAAUGGGGCCCUGAAUGGUGAAAUAAUUCCCCACUUAAACGUCCGGACUUUCUAUCCGACUGGCCUAAAUCCGGAACAGUAGCUUUCAACGCUCAUGUAUACCCGUCGAUUCAACGACAAGGGACAAAUGAAAGCAAGCUGUCAAAAUCCCACGGUUGCGAUUUCUGCGGGGUCGAUGGCGAAUUGGAUAAGAUAUGCCUGCAAGUGAUUGUUGGAGUACCUUGCAAAGGUUACGCGAUGCCGACGAGCUAUGGCGAUAUGCCGCGGGGCUAAGAUCACAAGCAUACAUUAAA